CCUGAACGAUGUCCGAGACGCUGGAGCCAACCCUUCAGAAUGUCCUCGACCAGAAGUCUCUAAAGUGGAUCUUCUGCGGUGGCAAGGGCGGUGUCGGCAAGACAACAACCUCGUGCUCCCUCGCAAUCCAGCUGGCGUCCUGUCGCGAGUCGGUCUUGCUCAUUUCGACAGACCCCGCACACAAUCUCUCGGAUGCAUUCGGUCAAAAAUUCUCCAAAGAUGCGACGAAAGUCAACGGUUUUGACAACCUGUAUGCCAUGGAAAUCGACCCUACGAGUGCGAUACAAGAGAUGGUCGAACAAUCGGACCAGAAUGGUAUGAUGGGUAGCAUGAUGCAGGAUCUGGCAUUUGCUAUUCCUGGUGUCGAUGAGGCCAUGAGCUUCGCUGAGAUCAUGAAGCAUGUCAAGUCCAUGGAAUACUCCGUCAUCGUCUUCGACACCGCCCCAACGGGACAUACUCUACGUUUCUUGUCGUUCCCCACUGUCCUUGAGAAGGCCCUAGGCAAGCUUAGCACGCUUAGCGGCCGCAUAGGUCCCAUGCUCAACCAGAUGACUUCGCUCAUGGGUGGUCAAGGCGAUCAAACAGAGGAUAUGUUCGCGAAGCUCGAGUCCAUGCGCGCAGUGAUUACGGAGGUGAACACCCAGUUCAAGGACCCAGAGAAAACGACGUUCGUCUGUGUCUGCAUCUCCGAAUUCUUGUCGCUCUACGAGACCGAGCGUCUUGUCCAAGAGCUAACAAGCUACGAGAUUGACACCCACAACAUCGUUGUCAACCAGCUGCUGUUUCCCAAGAAAAAUUCGAACUGCGAACACUGCGGCGUCCGAAAUGCAAUGCAGCAGAAGUAUCUCAACGAAGCGCACGAGCUUUACGACGAGUUCUUCCACAUUGUGCAGCUACCACUCCUCACCGAGGAGGUGCGUGGCCCGCAGAAGCUGAAGGAAUUCAGCAAAAUGCUAGUCACGCCGUACAAGCCCGAGGAAUAAAUAUCUAGCUAGACGUGCACUAUUUGCUUUCAGGGUUGGAGACGAUGUAUCAUAUACGCAUUAAUCGACCGUUGCUUGGAUUACAUG